UCCACUUAUAAGUUUUUGCUUCUCCAUUUCUUUUCCAGGAACUAAAAUCCAUGAAAAAUUUCAUGGCAUAUUCAUGUCUAAAUGCAGUGCUUAUACUAUCUCUAUUAUUACUUUCAGCAUUUAGAGUAAAUGGGCAAAUUAGCACAGCAUGUACAAGUUCAAUGAUAAGCAGCUUCACACCAUGCUUUAAUUACUUGACUGGAAGCAGUGGCUCUGGAUCUUCACCAACUGCAGAAUGCUGCAAUUCACUGAAAAAUCUCACGAGCGAUAGCAUGGAUUGUACAUGCCUCAUUGUAACAGGGAAUGUUCCUGUCUCAAUACCAUUUAUCAGUAGCAUUUUAGCGAUUUCGCUCCCUCGAAUGUGUAACAGCACCGUGCCGUUACAGUGCAAAGCCACCGGUGUUGCCUUACCAGCUCCAGGUCCUGUCUUAUUUGCUCCAACUCAAGCACCUGUUGCUCAUGCUCCUCAUGCUCAUCGUCCCAGAGCUUCCAAAGCGGCCGCAGCAGCACCGCCACCAGCUGAAACACCACUCGAUAUUACACCGGCAGCUCCACCUGAAGUUUCAUUAGCUCCGACAGAAAACCAGGGGAUCAGACCAGUUCUCACACCCAAUUCAGCUUCAAAUCCAUCCAUUGUUUCCUUGUCAUCUCUUCUGACAUUGCUUGUUGGAAUCAUGGUCAUAAAGUUAUUCUGAUCUUCUUAUGUUGUCUUAUUCCUUCGAUAUCCUUUUCUUUUCUUUUUUCUUGUACUAUAAUCCAUUGUAAGAACUAUAAGCUUGAUGGAGGCGAUGAAGACAUAUUCUCUUGUAAUAAUCAUGGUUGGAUUUAUUUCUGAGUGAUAUGUCUACUACAAAAUGCGAUUAUAACGAA